UCAUCACCCAAACACAUAGUCUGGACUGGGACACGGGAGCUGCAGGGUCAUCAGGAAGGGAGAUGACCUGAGAUCUUGGUCCAGCUUCCUCAGACCUAGUCUCCCCAGACUCCAGUCAGCAGCCACCUCUUCCAUUAGUUCGGUUCUUGCUGUUCAUUAAACUCAGUGAACUGCUUGUCUGUCAUUCAUUUAUGAUCAUUUAGUGAGCACUUCCUAACGGACGAGGCUCAUUCUGGACUGAAUCCCUUGAGGUGGAGUGUGGCCCGGCAGUGUUCCAUCAAUGUGCUGCUACCUCGGCCCCUCCUCAGAGAGAGCAAGGCUGAGGCCCCUUCAUGAAGCCGAAUCACUGUGGACUGGAUUAAUUCUGCCUUUCCUACUCAGUUUUAGGGAAUGCAAUUAGAAAGAGGUCAACCAGUUUGGGGAUAGGGCCAUUUCAGGGAUGCAGACACUCAGCUGACCCUACUUGGCCUCUUACUCAAUCUCCUAAUCUGUGUGUGUGUGUGUGUGUGUGUGUGUGUGUGUGUGUGUGUGUGUGUGUGUGUGUGCAGCUCUCCCUCCAGCACUGGGCUGUGAGGUCCAGAGGCAUGCAGACCACAUGAAAUAUCUGGAAUCCUGCCUGGCCUUGACAGUCCCCGUUGCCUGGCCUUCCACAAGCGACCUUCCUUCCCUGGGCUUCGUUUCCCCUCCCUGCCAAGCCCCCCUUCACCUUUACCUUGAAAUCCUCCCUCUGCCCUGUCUCCUUCCCCAGUUCAGAGAACCGAGGCAUCCAGCUACCCCGCCCUGGCCCCAGCUCCGGGUAAACAGGAAGCUGUGUGAGGGGAGCAGGGGUGUUCGGAAAGUCCCCGGCAGGUGUGUGGGUCUGCAGGGAGGGGGUGGCCCUACCCCCUGAGGUAUGAAAGCCCCUGCCCCCUGUCCUGGUGCUGAGUCUGGAUGGGGGCACGGGGACUGCAGGGCCCGGGUGGGAGACCCCAGGGGAGGGGCUGCCUCUUGCUGGCUGUAGCAGGAGCUACUUCUCUGGUGACCCUGCUGUUGGCAGUGCCCAUCACUGUCCUGGCUGUGCUGGCCUUGGUGCCCCAGGAUCAGGCACGACGGGUGGAGAGGCUCACUGGCUCAGGAGCGCAGGCUCGAAAACGACUGGAUGACACCAAACCAUCUUGCCUCUUGCCCUCACCCUCCAGCCUCUCAGGGACUCCUGACCCUGGUCUGCGUACCCCGAUAUCCUCCGGGAAUCUAGGCUCCCCAUCCCAGGGGCCUGUUGCACAGUUCUCUCAGGAGGCAUCUGCAAGGGUGACCACCCUGUCUCCAGCCGUGGAUUCUUCACCAGAUCCAGGGGUUCAACAACUGCCAAAGGGGGAGCCAGAAACUGAUCUCAGCCCCGAGCUUCCUGCUGCCCACCUCAUAGGCGCUUGGAUGAGCGGGCAAAGGCUCGGUUGGGAGGCGAGCCAAGAAGAAGCGUUUCUGAGGAGCGGUGUGCAGUUCUCCAGCACCGACGGGCUGGCGCUGCCGCGGGACGGCGUCUAUUACCUCUACUGCCACGUCGGGUACCGGGGCAGGGCGCCCCCUGCCGGCCGAGGCCGCGCGCGCUCGCUCACUCUGCGCAGCGCCCUGUACCGCGCCGGGGGCGCCUACGGGCGGGGCUCCCCCGAGCUGCUGCUGGAGGGCGCAGAGACCGUGACCCCUGCUGUGGACUCCGUCGGGUACCGGUCUUUGUGGUACACGAGCGUGGGGUUCGGCGGCCUGGUGCAGAUCCGGAGCGGCGAGAGGGUGUACGUCAACAUCAGUCACCCGGACAUGGUGGACUCCAGGAGAGGGAAGACCUUCUUCGGGGCGGUGAUGGUGGGGUGACAGCCGUCUGCACCCCUGGAGAAUCGACUGACGGUGCGAAUGUGUGCAUCAUGAUGUCCGGAGCGUCGGGGAGCCUGGGACGUCAUGAUCGGGGUGGGGUAGGGGUAACUGUAGGACAUGAAUUUUGAAAAUAAAGAAUGUAAACUGUGCUGGCUUGUGCCAGCGCCAUCACGAA